CCGCGGGCUUCAGCAUGAAGCAACUAAAGAGGGUUCACCGUAUCCAAAGCAUUCCUCACUUUUCAACACUGACCAUUUUUAAAACAAAAAAUAGACGCUAUGGAAAAACUAACUCUGCAACAAUUGGUGGAUCUGCAGAAUAUUCAGAUUGAGAUAAACAGCAAUAAGGACACCUACCUGAAGACUUACCGUGAAACUCUUAAAAGGAAAUUCAGAAUAGAAUUAAACAAUUUGGUUCGAGCUGAUUUUAAUAUAGUUAAAACUGAGUUAAAGGUUCCUCAGUUACCACCCCUUCCUGUCGAAGAAGAGAGAACCCCAUCCACAUUACAGUUCAGCGAUUUGGUAAAAGACUACGAUUUCACAAUGGACUGCUUGUCCUUGCUGUAGGACUGCUCCGAUCGGUCUUUGGUACUGUUCAGCCAAUAUCCAUGCAGA